ACUACACGUGACAACAUACGUUAUCUCUCACGGAACAGGUCGGUACAAGGACAUUACAGCAAACACUGUUAUAAUUAUCAAGGACACUGUUAUCAAUCUAGCAUCUGGUGCUUCGCAAUAUGUCUUCAAGUUUUCCUGCUGUAGUUGACUUAAAUGUGGGUGGUCGACAUCUGACAACCUCCCUGUCCACCCUCACCAAGUACCCGGACUCCAUGUUGGCCGCCAUGUUUAGUGGAAGACAUCCGAUAGCCAAGGACAAAGAUGGCCGCUACUUCAUCGAUGUAGAUGGGGAUGUGUUUGUUCACGUCCUCAACUUUCUGAGAUUCGGGAAAAUGCCUCCACCCGAAAGAGCAUCAGAGGUUAAUGAAUAUGCGGAGUACUUUGGAUUACAGGAACUGAAGGCACCUAUCACCGAAGAUUUUAACAAAGUGAUCUAUGAUAUAUGGAAAAAGAAGCUGCCAAAUUAUCAAAGAUACUGGGUAGAGGUGAAAAGACAAAUAGGCGAUCGCACCUCAAAAUACUUUUACAUUUACGUCGGGUCAUCCCACAAUUGUGUUGAGUAUCCGAGAAGAAGAACGCUGUUACUUCAUGAUCCUGGUAUGAAUGACAUUAUUCGCCUCCACGUGACACGUGAUGAAUACGCGCACCCUACUGUUCUUUUGAAUCUUCUUGCAAACGACCUGGAAAAAAUGAACAUCUUCACGGACUAUUGUGAGACGGGAUGUGUAAAUUGUACUUGUCAAGCAGCCAUGCGAUUUAAGAUUGGCAGGUGACAGUCGUUGGUACUAAUCCGACUACUUGGUUUGGAUGGUUGGUUUGUUGUUUAACGCCGCACUCAGCAAUAUUCCAGCUAUAUGACGGCGGUCUGUA